AUGGGAACAGAUCGCAUGCGCCACUUUUUCUUCGAUCCUUCAAUACCGCAUGGUUUCCUCCAGAGUACGAAUUUGCCGCGUGACAACUUGACCGCGUUCGAGCUCCCAAGAAGCAGGGUCAAGAUUGUGAUUAUUGGAGGAGGGCCGACGGGACUCUCAGCAGCGAUCAAUCUGGCCGAGCAAGUCAGAUGCCGGGAGCUCGUGCACAUCCACGUCUACGAAAAGCGUUGGAUGAAACAAAGAUUCGGGAAACUCCACUUCACGGUGUACCCUGAAGACGAGCGUCGUCGCGAUCAGGUCGUUACCAUCCAGGACCACGUCAAAAAUAUGUUUUCAAGAGAGACAAUCAAAUCUCUGGAUUAUGGACUUGAAAAGCGGGGAGCGGAGCGCGUAUGGCCUGAAUCAUCCAAUCUCCAAAUCAGCAAGGUCGAAGAUGCUCUACUCAAGCGUGCUCAAGACUCGAUAUUUGACGGCAUGAUUUACCUGCACGGUGCCGAGAUCAAAGACGAAGAAACUUUGUUGAAAGCGGCAGGGGGUGAUUUUCAUCUGUUACUUGCCGCAGACGGCGCCAACUCCUGGGUUCGGAAGCGCUACUUCUCAGCAGAGGAAGAGCAGUGUGGGACGAGCUUCGCACUGGGCGUUGCUCUUGACCGUGGCGAUAAAGGCCUACCUCAUCCACAGGCUCUGAAUAUCUUCCUCACCCUGAUCCAGACCAGAUUCUUACUUAAUGCGAGUGAUCGCGACAGUACAGGCUACUUGAAUGUGCUACUCACGCAGCAGGAGUAUGAUCAGUGUGUCUCAGUAGACGGCUCACCAGCCGACUUCAGAUCACCAGCUUGCAUCCUUCACAACGGUACUGAGCCUCCUGGGUUUACAAAGCAGCAGGUCUUUGCUCCAUACCAUCAGAAAUCCCAAUUGUGGAAAACAAUCAAAAAUGGGCUACAGCUCUACGGCUUCGUGGAAGAGGACGUCAAGAGCAUUGCAAGGAUUCCCAUCAACCUCAUCGGCGUGAAGUCUUGUACUAGAAAGGUCUUUCUCGACCGGCGAAAUGUAAAGGCUGGCCAUCCACACUUUCUAGCAUCACUAGCAGGCGAUGCUGCAUUGACCCACCACUUUUGGCCAGGACGAGGCAUGAACAGUGGGAUCAAAUCAGCAAUCGCCUGGUCCAACCAGAUUUCGGAUAUUAUCAUGGAGGGAAACAAGGAUCUGGUUGGCCUUCGGACACGCGCCUUGAGGCCGUAUGAACACUUCAUGAGAAAGCUAAGGGAAAGAGAGCAUACCCAUAGGAGCCUUGUCAUCCUGAAUACCUCCGGGUCCUCCGAGCGGAUGGAAGACAAGCUCAGACAGGCGGAGAAGUUACAAGAGCAUGCGUGCCAGGUCGAUCCAGUCCUUUGGAACAGAGUGCUCGAAUUCGCAGAUCGUCUUGAAGGGCGUGGCAAGCCACGCUGGCACCACGAGAAAAUCAAGGGCUUGAAGUGGAAGGUCUUUGAGAUUUUGAGCGGCCUGAGCAUAGAGACCAAGGCCCAAAUGAAACACUCUGGUCCUUGGCCGACGGAGAAGAUGAGCGCGGCCGAGGCCAACGACUUCAGGCGAAGCGGACACAUCACAGCCCCCUUCAACCAAGCCGGCCAGGCCUGA